AUGCCGCCAGACAGUAAAGUGAAAAAACUUACGAAAGUAUAUAAAGACCGUCGGUCUUGGAUCGAAGAAUUUGUGGAGUUUAUUACAAAUUAUAAAGAAUCAGAGCAUCGAGCUGAAUUAGCGAGUCAACUGAAAGCAUUAGAAGAAGCAAAGGGGGCUUUCGAGGAGGCCAGAGAAAAGUUGCUGUUGGAAGAUGAGGAUGCGGAUGAGGCACAAAUGCGGAUCGAAAGAAAGGACUUUUUUAAAGGUUAUCAUAAAGUGAAAGGUUUCAUUAUGGACUUACAACGAGGAGACGAAAGUGCCCAUCCGAUUGCCAACAGUACGAUGGCAAAUACGACAUGCGCGAGUGUUAAGUUGCGUUUACCAAAACUGGAACUGCCAUCAUUUGAUGGGAACAUUACACAGUGGGUGACGUAUAAGGACCGGUUUAUGUCGUUGGUGCAUGAUGUGUCGGAGCUACCGGAAGUGGCCAAACUUCAGUACCUGUUGGCUUCAUUGAAGGGAGAAGCUGCAUUGCAGUUUGAGCACGUGCCACUGGAAGAGAAGAGCUAUGCUCCAACGUGGGAGACCUUAUUGCAGCGAUACGAUGACAACAAAUUACUUCGAAGGGAGUACUUCAAAGCCUUGGUGCAAUUGGAGCCGAUGAAUGGUGCAACGUCAACAGAACUGACCAGAAUUGUCAACGAAGCCAGACGACUGGUUCAAGGAAUGAAGCGGCUUGAAGAACCGAUUAAGCACUGGAACACACCACUUACGACAUUGAUUAAAGAGAAUGCGAAUGUCCAAACCAUUGUCUGGAAUUGGUGCGAUAUCGGUCACGGCAACCAGUUUAGUGUCUACGAGAAUCAGAUCACGGGUGUCUAA